GUUGAAUUUCACCUGCGAUGGGACGGCGAAAGCAAGCAGCACCGAAGCGGCAGGCGCCAAGGAAGCCAGCCGAUGAUGCUGAUGCGUCGGCCACAGAACAGCCAUCUGUAAAGAAAGCCAAGCUAUGGAGUCGGCGCUCCCGGUCGAGCGAGACGACAGAGCUGCCUAUUUCGUAUCAUUUGCAACCUUUGUCGAUGGAUGCCGCAGCGGAGUGGAUUCAUGUUCGUCUUCCUCUUGAGAUGGGGGAAGCCUCAAAUGCAAUCACCAGUCGAGAAGAAGAAUCUGGAGCGUACGUUGUCUCGUUUGUCGGAAAGGAAGAUGAAGCGUACACUGACAUCGUCCUCAAGAAAGGUGAUCAAGCGGUGGAGAUUCCUCCUCCUUGGGCAGCAAAAUGUCGUCCGGAGGAACUGACUGCCAUGGCGUUUCUAAACAGCAAGAAGUGCUUGGCGGUUGAAAUUGAUGGACGUCAUGCACGGUUUGGCAUCCACAUGACAACGUACACAGCCUUGAGGGGGAAUCGAAAUCUGCCGAGUGCAACGACGCUCAUUUCCAAGCACAUGGGAAACUUCAUGCGGUGGCUCAUCCGCCAGUCGAAAGACGAGUGGACGUUCCCUUACAUGUCAGAGCUUGCCGACCCAUCAACAUCAAUCAACUUUGACCCGACAGUCCUGUACAAGUUCAUUCCAUCCGUUCCGACAUCCCAAGCUGGAGAGGAAUUCGAACCCAGCCCUAACCUACUUUCAACAUUACGACCAUAUCAAAAAGCAGCGGUUGCAUGGAUGCUUCAGCGGGAAGCACUCCCACCACCACCACCACACAACGCAACCAAUGCCAAGUCCCCGCCCUUCGCGGCUCUCUGGGCCCGUCAUGCAAGCGGAGUCGAGUACAAUCCAUUCACAACUCUGUUUCGUGCAUUGUCGGAUGUUGCCUCCGUUGACGGCGUGAAUUCCUGGAAUGUUCGCGGAGGAAUCUUGGCUGAUGAGAUGGGCCUUGGGAAAACUGUCCAAGUGCUGGCGUGCAUCCUGUCACAUCCAAGUCCUCCUGUCUCAAAUGAUGUCGAUCAAGACAAUGCUGUUCCAUUGCAAAAUGCAACGGUGACUGAUGGCCCCAUUCGAAGCUGCGUGUGCAAUUCCCAUGAUGAAGACGUACACGGAUGGCUCGCGUGCGUCCGGUGUGGCAUGGCGCAGCAUCGUGUUUGCACGGGCUUCGUCGGAUGUACGAAAGAGUUUUACUGCGAAGGAUGCCUUCGUCGCGUUGUCCCCGACUGGGCUGCCACGACUACGCUGAUUAUUUCCCCAGAAUCCAUUCACAAGCAGUGGAAACGAGAAAUUCUACGGCACACCAAGCCCGACUCCAUCAGCAUCAUGUCGUACGGCGGCAUAAAAUCCCUUCGCCAGCGUUUGAAAGGUCGCCCAAGUCCUGAGUGGAAGUACUGCCGCGCGCCAGAGCUCGCCAAGUUCGACGUGGUCCUCACAACUUAUGAAGCCCUAAAGGACGACUUGCACCACGUGGCAGCGACUGAAGAGUCGACUUUACGGCAACGAAAGCGUUAUCGAAUUGUUGCGAGCCCAUUGACCCAUGUCAAGUGGUGGCGUAUUUGCAUGGACGAGGCCCAGUUGGUGGAAAACACUCAGACCAAGGCUUCUCUAAUGGCGCUGGCGCUCAAGAGCACGUUGCGAUGGUGUGUCAGUGGGACGCCGUUCUCAGCAGACCUCGCUGACGUAUACGGGACGCUCGCGUUUCUUCAAGCAGUGCCAUUUCAUGACAAGGCAUGGUGGCGCGCGGUGAUGGUCCCAUUUGCAGCUACGAGCCAUCGUCUGGGGCACCUCAUGCAACACUUGAUGUGGCGGAAUGAAAAGAAGAACGUUCUCGAUCAAAUCAAUUUACCACCUCAAACGAUUGAAGUGACUUGGCUCGAUUUGUCCAACAUAGAGACACACUUUUACCACCAGCAAUUGGAAGAAUGCACUAAGCACCGCCUUUUACCUGACACCACGGAACACAACGAAAUUACGCCUGCGAUGAUCAACAGCUUGAUGCGGCUGCGGCAAGCCUGUUGCCACCCACAGGUUGGUAGCAACGGCCUCAAAGCUCUCGACGGCAAUCAACCCAUGAAAAUGGACGAAGUUCUAGCUGAAAUGUUACAAAAGGCUCAACGCGAAUGCGAAGAAGCCCAGCGGAUACUGCUGGCUGUAUUGAAUGGGUUGGCUGCCCUUAACGUUCUCGAAGGUGCCAUCGACGUCGCCGUAGGACAAUACUACGAAGCUCUUUGUUUGGUUCAGCACAACUGGGCGGACAUUCACGCCGACUUGCUUCCACGUUUGCAUCUCGUAUACAAUUUCGGUCGUCUCUUGGGGCGGUAUUGUGGCGACGAUGCAGAUAACGUACCCCAUUCAGUGCCAUACGAAGACGCCAAGACACAUCACUGCCUGCCUCAGUUGACUGCCACCAAACCAAUCUUCAAGAAUUUUUCCGUUCAACGGGACUGCGCGACGGACUUGAUUUGCGGUGCUCGGCGUGAGCUGGCUGAGAGCGCGACACGGAUCGAACUGUAUUACUUGCAGCAGUGUAACCUUGCCCAUGAUACGGCCUUGCACAAGUAUGAGACUGCGUUCAACGCAUUUCAAGCCGACCAUUUUCCCGACGUGGACAUGGAAACCCAACAUGUUCCAGACUCGUUCCACUCGGGAUGGAUGGAAGCGCUCGAUGGCAUUGAUGACGACGUCGCCUUCAUCGAUCGCGUACGGGCCAAGCUAAUGAGUCGCUACGACACGGGCGCGCAUUGGAGCCAGAAGAUGCGCACUGCGCAUUCGCUUCGCAUGGUGCUUGUCCGUGAAUUCGAUCGGAUGUUUCUACUCCGAGCCGUCAAUCACCAGCGUUUGAUGGCCUUGAGUCGCACCGUGCCAACAAAGCAAGAUAUUGACAUUUCUGGGAAUUGCUCGCGAUGCCGAGAGGGGCGAGAUGGACCAACGUGUCAUCACUGCAAACUCCAACCUCAAAUGGAUGCGCUGCGGAGCAUGCUUGGGAUUGCCGACACGGACGCUGCCUUGUCUGCAAGUGACCACAACCUGGCGUCGUUGCUGAUGGACAUUACGACUGAACUCGUCAAAUGCACCACGAGUUACAAUGCCUAUACCAUGCACGAGCGAAUCCAAACGAUGUUCGGUGACAUGAGAAAGGAGCGCAUACUGGCCAUGAAGUUGUGGAAGGCCCAACAUGCUCGUUUGGGUGCCCUGGACGAGCUCGAAAUGGCCAAGACGACACUGCAAUUGCGCCAGCCAUACGAACCUAUUCGAGAUGUCAGUGUCGUGAAUACUCCAACGACCAUUCUGCUGACACUCUGUAGGCCGAAAAAUUGUACAAACUACUUCCAGUGGAAGUGCCCUUGAAGCGGAUGGAACUGGAACAAGAAAAGGUCGAGUCGAGUGCGAACCUCGCGUCCAAAUUGAGCCAGCUUCGGUAUCUCCUGCAUUUGCAUCGCAUGCGGGAUCAAUCCACCAGUGGUGGAAAUGACGACCAGAUGUGCGUGGUGUGUCACGAACGAAUGCGCGCUAAGCGGGGCGUGUGGCCAUGCGCCCACGUUUUCUGUAUGGAAUGCACACACCUCUUGAUACAGCGCGCCAAGCCUCUGAUUCGAUGCCCGACUUGUCGCUCUGUUGCCCAUGAAAACCGCAUUGUGUUUAUUCAAGAAGACAGCCGACUCAGAGACAACGUAGACAGCGGGGGCCAUGGAACUAAGAUUGACAGCAUUGUCCGGCGAAUACAGUCGAUGGAGGCGGGGGCCAAGUGCUUAAUGUUUUCACAGUGGCCAGACAUGCUCAAGCUCAUGCACCAAGCGCUGGUGGCCGCUGGCGUUCAUUGCUUCCUUGUGCAACAAAAAAGGGACUUUGACAAGACAUUGGAACUCUUCAAGCAAUAUCCUGAAGGAUGUGUGCUCGCGAUACCGUUUAAACACGGUGCGAACGGGCUUAACGUAGUCGAGGCAAACCAUGUCAUCUUGAUCGAACCACUGCUACAUCCUGGUGUUGAAGCCCAAGCCAUCAAUCGAAUUCACCGCAUCGGGCAGGACAAAUCGACAACCGUCCACAAGUUCGUCGUGCGCAACUCAGUCGAAGAGAGCAUCUUAGUCCUCCAGGAAAAGAAAAAGUGCAUCACAGGCACUGGUGUCACGAAGAGCGACAAGGAGCGCGUCACUUGGACGGACUGGGCGAUGCUGCUUCAACUUGUGCGUGGAAAGCUCGUCAUGUUUCCACUCACAAACAAAUGAAUGUCUCGGACGUGUGUUGUUUUCAUGUGUAGGACAAUGUGGCAAUGUUCGAGUCGUUCUGGAACGAGCAAGUGACGUGGAAGUCACGUGUGAUGAGUCGUCAGCAAGUCAAGGAACUCUUGGAGCGAGCGCUAUCGAUGCAGUUACACCAGGCUGGACAGCGUCUCGUCGAUCAGCCCAAAAUGGCUGUGAGUGGCUUGGAGGUUGCUCUUCCCAUCGCAAAACAAUUGCUCCAAGAAUGCACACCCAUUGCGGCAUCGCCGCAUGUGGACCUCAUCGAGUUCCUUUCCCAUCGACUUCAACUCCACACCGCUUGACAUGGGACGUUGUUUGCGUUGUGAAUGAUAGCGAUCCAAAUUCCACCAAAAUGAUCCUUGUUGGCAGUGUCUGA